UGUAACACGACGCUUCAGGAGUUGCCAUCAUCACAUGGCAGAUGGAAAUUUCCACUCAGACUGCCUCGCUCGUUAAAUGGGAAGGGUCUCCAACUCUCGUUCUCCACUAGUCCGCCUCCUCCUCGUCGUCGUCCGCCCGCGUACAGCUGUCCGCCGCUCCGAGAGCGUUAGGUAAAAAAAAAAAAAAAAGAAGUCGAGCCACAGUCGAGGAAGAAGCACAUCUCCUAGUUGAGAACUCUGAGCCCCGAGGUCCUGAAAAACCAAACUUCUCCGCCUUUUUCGUUCUGCUGUGCACCACCAUGCCGGGAGUCAUGGAACGUAUGGAGCUGAGGAAAGUCGCCACAGAGGGGGACGAUGACAGCACCACUAGCCUGGAGGACCGCUUCACAGAGCCCAUUGACUCUGAGAAGGCCACCAUCGACAGUCAAUUUCUGGAUGACAACGAUGACGCCGAAAGCCAGAAGUUCCUGUCAAAUGGGAUGAUGAAGAAGAAGAAAUACGAGGAAUACCACGAAGAAUACCAUCCCGGUCAUGCCUCCUUUGGAAUGUCAGUCUUCAACCUGAGCAACGCCAUCAUGGGCAGCGGCAUUCUGGGCCUGUCGUACGCCAUGGCGAACACCGGCAUUGUGCUCUUCACAAUCCUCCUCGUCGCCGUGGCCAUCCUCUCCUUAUACUCCGUGCAUCUGCUCCUCAUGACGGCCAAAGAAGGAGGAUCCCUCAUCUAUGAGAAGCUGGGAGAGAGGGCGUUCGGCUGGCCGGGGAAAAUGGCGGCUUUCGGAUCGAUAAUAAUGCAGAACAUUGGAGCCAUGUCCAGCUACCUCUUCAUCGUGAAGUACGAGCUGCCCGAGGUGAUCCGAGCCUUCUUGGCUUUGGAAGAGAACUCCGGCGAGUGGUACCUGAACGGGAACUACCUGGUGGUGUUCGUGUCCAUCGGAGUCAUCCUGCCUUUGUCUCUCCUUAAAAACCUGGGCUACCUGGGCUACACCAGCGGUUUCUCCCUUUCCUGCAUGGUCUUCUUCCUGGGUGUGGUGAUCUACAAGAAGACCCAGCUGCCCUGCCCGCUCCCUUUCUUUUACCACCACUCGUCCAACCUCAGCAUGAACGCCUCCGACAUGUCGGGGUUGUACCACCCGCAAAACCUGACGGCGCAAAUGGAUUUCUCCCGUGCCGACGUUUCCCCGGCGGUCCUCGGCAGCCACGACGCCCAUCAGUCCACCGGCAUCCACGUCGCACCUCACCCCGACGACGAGGAGAUGUGCACGCCGAAAUACUUCGUCUUCAACUCUCAGACGGCAUACACCGUGCCCAUCCUGGCCUUCGCCUUUGUCUGCCACCCUGAGGUCCUGCCCAUCUACAGCGAGCUGAAAGAUCGCAGCAGGAAAAAGAUGCAGAACGUCUCCAACCUGUCCAUCCUGACCAUGCUCAUCAUGUACAUGCUGUCGGCGCUGUUCGGCUACCUCACCUUUUACGACAACGUGGAGGCAGAGUUGCUCCACACCUUCACCAAGGUUUACAAGUUCGACACCAUGCUGCUGUUGGUCCGUUUGGCUGUCCUCACCGCCGUCACUCUGACUGUCCCCAUCGUGCUGUUCCCUAUCCGCUCCUCCAUCACCACGCUGCUGUUCAGCGGCCGAGAGUUCAGCUGGACCCGCCACAUGCUGAUCGCCGCCGCCAUCCUGGCCUUCAACAACAUGCUGGUCAUCUUCGUACCCACCAUCAGAGACAUCUUCGGCUUCAUCGGUUCAUCUGCAGCCACCAUGCUCAUCUUCAUCCUACCUGCCGCCUUUUACAUCCGCCUGGUCAAAUCUGUGCCGUUCCGCUCCCCGCAGAAGAUCGGGGCGACCAUCUUCCUAGUCGUGGGAAUCGUCUUCAUGAUUGGCAGCUUGUCACUCAUCGUCCUCGACUGGAUCCACAACCCCUCAGGCUCCGGCGAGGGUCACUAAGCCCCCCCGCCUCUCGCCUUGUGUUUUUUCUUUGUUGUUGUUUUUUUUUGCAUUUGAAGGGUGCGGCAAAACCACCGCACCGCUUCUGUUUCUGGUUUUCAUCGUCUGGUCCCACAAACGGGGAGCAACACUCGUCAGCAGUCCCCUUUCCCUUCAUCAGAUUUUAAACACUGCUCAUAAAACCGCAACGUAUAGACAUCAGGUGCUGCACCAGGUUAAGAAAUCUUCAUUCUUUCCUCCCAGAGAGAAUAUCUGGAGGGAGGGGUUUUUUUUUGUUUUUCGCUCUGUUUCAUUUUUUGUCUUAUUUUUGUUGCUGUAAAGUUACGGAUGUGACACAAUACGAACGACACAAUCGAAAACCUGGAGAGGGGGAAGCAGACCGUUGUUCGACGUGCCACCACGACAGCCUGAAAUGAUCACCAUCGUCAUCCUCGCCAUCAUUGUCAUCGUCGUUGUCCUUCCCAGCUCUCCGAGAGACAGAACAAACACACCCGGAGCAGAUCUGUGGACUGUGACUUGCAGGGCUGGAAAGACGAUACGAGUCCCUCGGUCCUCUGCACUUGAAGAAGACAUUUGGAGGUUGAGCGUUUCCUCCUCCUCGAACCAAGGAGCCCUUCUAGCAUCUGGCAUUUCACUUUGUGUUCAGAGUGCACACACACACACAUACACACACAACACACACGUAGACAAAAUAAACCCCUGUGCCUGUGCAUUCAAGCAACCGUUUACGGGAAAUUCCCAAAAUUAAUCAAGCAGUCGCUUCAUCUUAAAACAACGUCAAUCACGUAGAACUUUUAUUCUUAUGUUUGUUUUAUUUUGCUGCUCUGCUACACAUUAACUAUCAGAAGCGUUGCCAAAGUCUACAUGCACAUACGGAUUUAGUGGGUCCGGUUCAUGCUGGGGCUUCCUCGCCGGCUGUUGUUACCCUGGCUGUGUGCACGAAGCAAGGGGAUGCUUUCAGUAUUACUGUCGCAGAGGGAUCAGAACACGCCGGGCAUCAAUGUACAUAAUUUAGUGUGUCUACUGAAAAAAACAAAAAAAAAUGCAUGAUGUACAUAAUCUUACUCGGCCUCAUACGGCUCUCCAAGUUGCAUGAGGUUGAAGGUCAUUUCCAACACUCGGUAUCUACACCUUGCUGGAAUAAUUUAUUAGGCAUUAAAAGGGCUGGACUGAAAGGUACACAAAACCACAGGUUGUUUUGUUUUGUUUUGGGUUUUUUUUUUAAUAACGCUGAAAAGUACAAUUGGUCAAUAAAAAAGUGAAUUAAAUGCAAUCAAUAGAAUAAAACGUGAAGAAGCUGAUAUAAAAUAUGUAGGCAAGGUGCCAAGACCGUACUGGAAUGUGAAAGUCGUGCCAUGAAACCCCCGGUAUCUCAAAAUGUGAUUUAAAUGUAAAGUCAGAAUGUUAUCAGGCCCUAUUUUGCUUAAAAAAAAAUAGUUUGAUAUUUUUCGAAACGUGCUGUCUUCAUGGGAGUUUGAUGAAAAGAUCGAUACAUUAUGUUUUGGUGCGACAUAUUAAGCUAACGUUACAGCCAGCAGGCCAAAAGACAGGAAGCCAAGGAAAAAGAGCUAGCUAAUUCACUGAAAACCACAGUUGUUUGUUCACAGAGUCAGUGUUUCCUUUUUGUUCUCAAAUUCAAUUAAUGAAAUAAGUUUAAAUUACAAGUCUUGAGAGGAGCUAGAUGGUCUCUUUUAACUUAGACCGAGCCAGGCAUGCUGUUUUCCCUCGCUCUCAGUCUUAACAACAGGCUUAGCUAACCGCGCUAGCUUCAAAUUAAGCUAGGACGUGACCCUUUUUUUUUGUUUUUUCAAACAAGGUGAUGAUUUGUGCUUUUUAUUUAAUCUACUAAAAACCUGAAAAAAGUCUGUGUUGAAAAUGGACAAGUCAAAUUCAGGUAGAUUUUGGAGCUAAAAACAUUGGCCCCAUAAUCUGUUUUGUUGACAAGACCAGGAUUGAAACUGUCCGGUCUUCACUCGAUGAGUUAUCAGAUAAGAACUUCAACGGUUUUACUUUUAAAAUCGUGCCUUUGGUAUAUUCACAUUUUAUAACUGGCUUCUGAUACCGGUGCCUUCGGUAAAAUAAACGCCAUCACCAGCCUAACCUCAUCUCACCUCUUCUCCGAUGCUGUUACGUGUCACGAACAUAUCCAGCCAAAGUUGACAACAUUAAUAGAUCCUUUGUGGAUCUAUGUACAUGAAACAAAUAGAUAUUUCAAAUGAAAUAGUGCAUAAUGUUCGUGUUUUUGGAUUACAAACGUGGUCUUUUUGGCCAAUUGUAUAUGCUCUGUAAAUAAUCUUUAUUUUAUGGUACACUGACACUCAUUGUCUGUGACUGGGUUGUUAGGGGGGGUUCUUGGCUUACAAGUCCUCUGCAAUCCAGUGUUCGUUUUAGUAAAUAUAUAAAUAUAUAACGUGUUAGAUCUUUUUUUUUUUUUUCUUGCUGUAUGACAGUAGGUUUGUUUCCUUUAUUUGAAGCUUGUAUAUUUGUAGAAAUUUUGGUCUCUAUAUAUCCAUUUUCAUGGUUUUAUGUCUAACCUGUCAUAUCAGGAUGUUUUCAUCAACGGCCUACUUCAAAACACUUUUUUUUUGUUUUUUUUCCCCAAAAGUCUCAGAAACAAGGCAACGCAUUUCUGUAGCUUACUGGCUCAUGCUGACCGAUGCUGGGUCGUAAAUCAAAGCCACAAGUAAGCAGUAUUGAUGUCGAAUGUGUUUUCAAAAACAGUGCUGUAACGCUUGACAGAGGCAGUACGAGAUCAUCCUAAGUAUUUCAUGACCACACUACAGGAAGGAUCCUGAUAAUUUGUUAAAAGAGCUCAUGGCUCUAAUGCUAUUUAUGGCACGGCAUAACCCUUAUGCUAACGCAUAACUGUACAGUUAAACCAACGUGUAGCUGUACACCUAUACCAAGCUGUAGUUACCUAUGCUAAGGGGUUACUGUACCCCUGUGCUAACGUGUAGCUGUCCACUUAUGCUAACGUGUAGCUGUACACCUAUACCAAGCUGUAGUUACCUAUGCUAAGAGGUUACUGUACCCCUGUGCUAACGUGUAGCUGUCCACUUAUGCUAACGUGUAGCUGUACACCUAUACCAAGCUGUAGUUACCUAUGCUAAGGGGUUACUGUACCCCUGUGCUAACGUGUAGCUGUCCACUUAUGCUAACGUGUAGCUGUGCACCUAUACCAAGCUGUAGUUACCUAUGCUAAGGGGUUACUGUACCCCUGUGCUAACAUGUAGCUCUACACCUAUGCUAAUGUGCUGCUGUCUUAAAACUGCACAAGAACCCUUCCAUGCUUGCCAGUUUUGAAGCUCUACCAGGACAAUCGUACACAGCUGUAGUUCACACCUCACCGUGGCUUAUAAUUUAUAUCACUGCUGUCAUAGAAAAAACUUUUUUUUUUUUUUUUUUUUAAACCCAGUUUCAUCAAGGUUUUAAUUCCAUGACAUUACUUGAACUGAAGCUUUCCACGGCCUGAUUAAAGUCAGUGAGCUUUGUGAGCGAAGGGUCCACGCAGCCCCUUCAGUGCUCGUUAUGAAUGUUCAAUAAUGGAUUGUUCUCAAGUUGAAAAUCUGGCCUACGCUAUCUAAAUUUUUUGUUGAAUGUUUGGCUGUAACUUUUUAUUUUUGGCUGUGAGCCUCCAGCCAUCAGUGGCUUAUUCUGCUCAACACCAACACCUCGACCCAACGUAGUAUCUCAGGUAUUCAGUCUGGAUGAAUUCUUGUUGUCACUUCUAGAUAACGUCACAUCUCUUCACCUUUUGCAUGAUUGAGCCGAGCUGUGCAAUGCUGUUUGCAUAUCGUGCUGGCCCAGAUGAGAAGUCGUCCUGUGGAUGUGUAAAAACCAGUUCCCAGCUCAUUUUGACAGUGUUUAGAAAAGGAGUUGUGCAGAAACCACCUGCCUUAUUUUUGUAUGACCCUCAGCCGCGGAGAAGCACUUGCUCAAUGUUUCUGCUGAUCACAAUGACUCUGCUUCCUGUGGAUCAGGCUGAACAUUCAGAUUUGUAAUUUUACCCAAACAAAGGGGAUGUUUUUUGUAUCAGUGAUGCUGUUUCAUUAUGAUGAACAAUAAAAAUGUGAAAUGAAAUUUU